ACGAAGCGCUGAGUUCUGCCAUUCUACUCAACCGCUAUUCUCUCUCUCUCUCUCUCUCUCUCCAAAUCGUGCCACUCUCUGCGGAGGUUUGAUUGCAGAACUCUUGGGAGAUCUAAGGAGGAAGUGAAAGCCAUGAAUAGUCGCAGCGAUCCCAACCCUUUCGACGAAGAAGAAGUCAAUCCUUUUUCGAAGGCAAGUCCUGCUCCUGGUUCAAAGUCGCGGAUUCCUCAAAUGGUUGCUCAAACCCUGGGUUUUGGCCAAAAGCAUGAUGCAACUGUUGACAUACCACUGGAUAGCAUGAAUGAUACUAAGAAAAAGGAGAAGGAACUUGCAUCCUGGGAAGCAGAUCUGAGAAGGAGGGAACAUGAAAUUAAACGAAGAGAAGAUGCUGUUGCCCGUGCUGAUAUCCCUUCAGAUGAUAGGAACUGGCCUCCCUUUUUUCCAAUUAUUCAUCAUGAUAUAGCCAAUGAAAUUCCUAUCCAUGCCCAGAGGCUGCAGUACUUGGCUUUUGCGAGUUGGUUAGGUAUUGUUCUUUGCCUUGUAUUUAAUGUUAUUGCUGUGACAGUUUGUUGGAUUAGAGGAGGAGGUGUAAAAAUAUUUUUCCUGGCAAUAAUCUAUGCCCUACUUGGAUGCCCUCUUUCUUAUGUCCUAUGGUAUAGGCCACUUUAUCGUGCAAUGAGGACAGAUAGUGCAAUCAAGUUUGGUUGGUUUUUCAUGUUCUACUUGCUCCACAUUGGUUUCUGCAUAUUUGCUGCUAUUGCUCCACCUAUUGUCUUUCAUGGGAAGUCAUUGACAAAGAUUUGGCCCAAUGAUGAUGUUUUGGCCAGUAUGGUGUCUUAUUUUAUGGUGCAGGGACAGCCUGAAACAUUGCCUUUUGUCAUGGUUCUCACAUUGAAUUAGAAAGGGAAGAUCCUGGGGUUUAUAAUGGUAGGCAACAGCACCUAAUAGUUUCAACUUUUCGGUUGGAUGGCAAGUGCCUGGUCCAUUAAAGUGGUCCAGUUGUUGAUUUGAUUCCUUGCGAAGUCUCCAAGGAAGAGUAAGGAAAUUGGUCUUACCUGUUUUGGGAUGGAGUGAAUUUUGGGGUGCGUGUCAGUGUGUGUCAAGACUCUCAUAUCAGAUAAGAAAGGGAUGAUCCUGGGCCAUAUAAGAGGAAGGUGGCACUGCCUAAACCUUUAGCUUUUGGUUUUGAUGGCAAAUUAUGGCUAAUGACACUUGUCCAUUGCCACCCCUUGUACCUUACAGAGUUCCUUGGCGCAAACUGUUUCUGCUUCCCUAACACUUGAAUGUUUGGUGAUUUUAGGUUCUUUUAAAGAUGUCAUGGUACCUACCCUUGGAAAUUGUGAUGAUUAUCUGGAGCGAUUUCAUUGCCCUUUAUCAAUUUAAGUUUUCAAUUUUUUGCUUUUCACCUAGGGUAGAGAAUAUUCCUUUGUCUUUUCUUUUGCCUACAAAGAACAUAUGCUUUCUGUAUUGACAUCCUUGUGAAGAAUAACUAUUAUACAAGUUUGGGUUAAUGAAAUGACUAGUUUUGCAUGAGUAUUUGUAAGAGUUGUAAGGGUUUCUGCUUUUUGUAUAAU